GUUUUAAAUAAAUUAAGUAAAAUGAAAGUAUGAAAAAGCAUGAAAUAAAAACUAAAUAUUAUGCAUACAAUUGAAACAUUACCCAGAGUAAAACACACACGCACACACACACACACACACAUACACAAAAAACUGUUAAAUUUGUGCCAAAGCCAUGUAUUCAUCCUGAACUUUAUUUUGCUCCAUGCACCACCCUUUGACUUUGCGAUAACACCCUUUGCGUUGGCUUUUACCUGUUAGCACAGCCAAUAUUAUACUUUCCAGGCUUUUCCAAAAGUUUGCGUUCCUUAAUUUAAUCACAUAAUUGACAUUGUCCUGAGGUCAACGAUUACUUUUUUGAUUACUUAUCUUAACUUAUCAUUUGCAGUGGAGCUUGUGUGUGUGCGUUGCCUUAUCAUUGUGUAAUCUUAAAAUGUCAGUCCACCUGUAUAAAAGAGGAUGAAUGCCUGACUGUAGGCAUCCAGGUUUUGGAGUCUACAGGAACGCCGAGACAAUGAAGUUGGCCUUUGUUAUGUGUGCCAUGGUGGCACUGUCUGAGUGCCUUCUCCAGGUCCCCCUGGAGAAGGGUCAGAGUGCCAGGGAGUACCUGGAGGAGCAGGGUCUGUGGGAGGAGUACAGGCUCAAGCACCCAUACAACCCCAUGGUCAAGUUUGACCCAAGCUUUGCUGUGGCUGGUGAGCCCAUGACUAAUGAUGCUGAUCUCGCUUACUACGGAAUCAUCUCUAUUGGAACUCCUCCUCAGUCCUUCAAGGUCAUCUUUGACAGUGGCUCAUCUAACCUGUGGGUGCCCUCCGUCUACUGCAACAGUGCAGCCUGCAACAACCAUGACAAGUUUAACCCUAGCCAGAGCAGCACCUACAGAAGAAAUGGAAGAGCUCUCCGUAUCCAAUAUGGCACCGGCAGCAUGACUGGCUUCCUUGGAUACGACACAGUGACGGUCGGUGGACUUGCUGUGAGAAACCAGAUCUUCGGCCUGAGUGAGUCUGAAGCUCCCUUCAUGCAGCACAUGCGUGCUGAUGGUAUCCUGGGCCUGGCCUACCCACGCCUGUCUGCCUCUGGAGCUACACCUGUCUUCGACAACAUGAUGAAGGAGGGCCUGGUCAACCAGGACAUCUUCUCCGUGUACCUGAGCUCUCACUCUGCGCAAGGCAGUGUGGUGACCUUUGGUGGUACUGACCCCAACCACUACACUGGUCCCAUCACCUGGAUCCCCCUCUCCAACGAGCUGUACUGGCAGAUCACAGUGGACAGUGUUACCGUCAAUGGUCAGGUUGUGGCUUGCAGUGGUGGUUGCCAGGCUAUUGUGGACACCGGCACUUCUCUGAUUGUUGGACCUCAGAGCAGCAUCAGCAACAUCAACAGCUUUGUGGGAGCUAGUAGCCAGAACGGAGAUUAUAUUGUCAACUGUAACAACAUUGGCCAAAUGCCUGAUGUGGUCUUCCACAUCCAAGGACAGGAAUUCACCAUCCCAGCCUCUGGCUACGUUCGUCAGUCUCGUUACUUCGGCUGUCGCACUGGCUUUGGCAAUGGAGGUGACAACCUGUGGAUCCUGGGUGAUGUCUUCAUCAGACAGUACUAUUCCAUCUUCAGCAGAGCCCAGAAUAUGGUGGGUCUGGCCAAGGCUAAAUAAUCAACCUGAAGUCAUCUCAUAAAAGAGCCUUGUAACAAUCAUGUAUAGAUCUUAGUGUAAUGGUAAGAUUUCCUGCAUAAGUGGUUGACAGUGCUUCUGCCAUGAUAUGCAAGUUUUCCUGUAAAUGACCAAAUUUCCCAAAACAUAAUAAAGAGUUAAAUCAAUUUGACUGGCGUUUUGUUGUGAAAUUGUACAAGAAAUAGACAUGGUUGUUAAUUUGUGUCAACAAUAAGCUAUUAUAAAAUCUGCUACUAUAACAUUACACAUAACGUAUGCAACAGAAAAACUUUUUAUAAUAGAUUGU